AGAUGAGACAUCUUGCUGCUUAUUUGAUGCUGGUUCUUGGUGGAAACGAGAAGCCUACUGCUGAGGACAUCAAGUCUGUUCUGGAGGCUAUUGGUGCUGAGGCUGAGGACGAAAAGAUCGAGAAGCUGCUGGCCGACCUUGAGGGAAAGAAUGUGGAGGAGUUGAUCAAGGCUGGACUCGAUAAGCUGGUUUCUAUUCCUACCGGAGGUGCUGCUGCCCCUGCCGCUGCUGCCGCGGGUGCUGCUGGUGAGGAGAAGAAGGAGGAAGAGGCCAAGGAGGAGGAAGAAGAGGAGGAGGAAGAUAUCGAUAUGAGUGGAGGCGGUCUGUUCGGAGAUGAUGAUGACGACUGGUAAACGUGAUUAGUUUCUGUGUGUUCAUCUGAAUCGUUCAGAAUCGGA